AUGUACUGCCUGCUUCCGACACCCUCCAGCACCGUCCCCGCACAGGCCCACUGCCACUGCGCCGAUGCCUUUGACGACUUGGAUGAAGCGAUCCGCAACGAUGUGGGCCCCGCCCUCUCCCCCGCUCAACAAGCAGCUGUGAUGCAAGGGACGGCGCAGCUGUACAACCUAGCGCGCGGCAGCCUGGAUCGUCAACUGCAGCGAUUUGAGGAGUUUGCGCUGGAGACCUGCCUGCGAGUGCCCGCUGGCCUCAUGGCCUCUGUUCAGGCACCAGUCGUCGACGUGGAGGCGCCCUGUGUGGAGGAGGAGGAGGGGGUGAUCCAGCGAUUGGGCAGCCUCCGGGCGCAAAUCCUAGAAGAAAGGGAGAAGAUGCUCACGCUGCAGCGCCAGCUGGCCGCCUGCGACGCGGCGCUGGCAGAGGUGGGUGGCGAGGAGGCGGGUCUGCGCCAGCUGGCGUCUGCCGUCCGCGAGAAGGAGAGGCUGACCGAGGAUGUGUUUGUGCUGUCGCACACGGGCGCCAGGCUGCAGGUUUGUGGACCUGGCAGUGUCUGCGCGGCGGUGUUUGGAUAUGGAUGCUAG